AUGGGCGUUCCUCUUUACAAAUACACGGCGGUGCUCUCUCUCCCGACCCGUGACGUGCAAGCAGUGUUCACUGCAAACACGCUACAGGGACUCUCACAGCAGCUGGGCUUAUGUCCAGACACGAUUCACCGGCUGGUCGUCAAAGGUGACAAUACAGGUUAUAAGAAACUGGUGCCUUUCAGUAUCAAGCGGGAGGCGUUGCCGAAGGCCAUCAUGACGUCGAAACCUGCAAACAUGAACGGUUGGAAGGUUCCGCCCAUGGGUGGUGGUCCGACGCCGGUUACCCAGACUCCCAUUGCCGGCGUCUGGACGAGCAAAGUGAACGAGGAUACCCGGUCGGUGAUCGUUAUGGCAAAAAAAGGUGGACUUUUCCGGGAAAGGGAGGGGGAAAGAAAGGGUCAAGGAUUUUCUGCCUGUAGAACAACUGAAGAUGCUCGGUCGGUUCAAGGGAUGCAAGAUGGGUUGACUCCCUGCCGAUCCGGAGGCCAAGCGAAGGAGGAACUCCCUCCAUUUGCUCACGACACCCUCGAAGUCCUCAACCAGUGCUUUACUCAGUUGCGCGCAAUGGAUGGCUCCCAAAAGAAGAUCAAUGUCGCUUUCGGACGUGUCCUCGCCGGCUACGCGUCUCCCACAUCUUCAAUUGGAUGUGCUGCCCAAGACCGCAAUGGACGCAAACCCAUGCUCAACUCUGUUCACAGAAGACUUGAAGAGGGCUUUUCGUAUAUCCUGCCGACUGCUUCCCGGCUCCAGUGGGUGCCCUUCUAUACAACCUGUUGCACGCAGUGCCAAAGAAGUUUCGGCACGAAUGGGGCAGGGUAUAAGACACAUAUUGGGGCGCUUCAAUCAGAGCCGCUCCCAGAGUGGCCCUUCGAGGCCUGGACAUCACCAUAUGGGGCACGUGCAAUCCGCCCUUGA